AGGCCUACGUGUUGGUGUCACGUCAUCAUCGUGGGAGCGAGCACGUCUCCAUGCAUCGCUCAUCCACUCACCUGUAAUGUGUAUUUAUUCGCUUCUCUGCCACCUCACCGAGAGAGAGUGAGAGAUACACACGGGCAAGGGAAAAAAGCGGUCGGUAAGUCGUACGACACGACCAAGUUAAUGGAUAGAGUGGAGAUGACAGCACCGAGUAGCUACGACAUGAUGACGGUGUGAGGCAAGUCCACAGGGAGAGGAAACAACGCCACUAUAUCACGUCACUGGAUUGGCGGUGUGUGUAGAUGCAAGCACAUCCGCUGUCUCUGUAGCCACGGGCGAAUCGACCACGCAACAUUAUCAUUUUAUGGGUUGCGGCUUGCUCGGCUCGCCGCGUGCUCCAGCCUCAGACCGUAUAAACUCCGAUCCAUCAGUACCGAUGCUAACGAGUCUUUUCCCCUGGAAGAUAUAGGAAGACUAUAGACCGUGCUGCUGGCCCAUCGUGCUACAUCCCACUCCCAUCACGGCAACGGAUAACACUAUGCUUUGGGCUCGUCCGUCAUCGGGUCGCCGCUAGCCAGCGCUGUUCUGAUUAUAAUCCGCAUUUUUUUUCGAUAUUAAAAUAUGUUUUUCGCGUGAGGAACAAGUUAGAGUGUGCAUCCACAGGUUGGUUGUUUCAGGAAAAUACAUGGGAUCAGUGUAGGAACACCUAUCGUCAUUGUUGAUAUGGUAAGGUUUUAGGCUGCUUUGGUGAGCGGUUAUCGGAUUCUGUGUGAUACUUUUUUCCCCUUCAAAAGAAACGAUCUGUCUUCUGUCAAAAUAUUUCAGGCACACGCUGAAUUUUGAUGAGCGCAUACCGUUGUCUCGACGUGCCCGUUCAUUUUCUGCGCACCGCGUGGACAGGAUUACUCUGGCUGGUCUAUGGUACCGAGGAAGAAGACGAGGAAGAAACAGUGAACAGCAUGUCUGCUACGUCGCCGACACCCAAGCAGGUCGAAGUCUGGCUCCAGGAGAACCAGGAGUGGUUCGAGGACUAUUUUCUGAAGAACGGUUCCAAGAAGUUGGUCCAGCGGUGGAUCGAGUCCCACAAGGGGGAGAUGAUCGGAUCGGGGCCCAAUAACUUCGGAUUGAAGCCGGCCCUGUCGCCCUCCACGCAGCGGCGGGUCACUUACGCACAGCUCAGCAACAGCAAAAGCCGCACCAACUCUCAGAGCGACGAGAAGACGGAUAAUAACAACGAGGAGGCGAAUCCCAUCAGGCCUCGGUCCGGCUCCAGACAAUACCUGAGACAGGACUUCGCCAAGGCCAGGUCGAGGACGUUAUUUAAUACCUGGGCCUCUCCUUCUCCGGCUUGCACAGAUAACGACGAUCCGGACCAGGACUCAGGACCAACCUCACCCAGGGAUCCAAGCAACUGCAGACGGGGUCAGCUGAGACGGGCUUCCACGGUCCCGCCCGAGAGACACUCCAUCAGUAUGCUCAGCCUGCUGCUUGAGCCAAAGGUGCGGCUCCCUCACCGGACCAGCAUCACAAACGAGGCCAAGCUAGAGCUGCGCUCCACCGACGAGAGGCAGUUCUUCCUGGCCUUGGUCAAGGACAUCUCCCAGGACCUGAACCUGGACAGCCUUCGCGAGAAGAUCAGCACCAACGUCGGCAUCUUGGUCAACAGCGAGCGGACUUCCCUGUUCCUCCUGGAAGGACCGAAAGGCAGGGAGAUGCUGGUCAGCAAGCCCCACAGGUUCGCCUCAGAGAUUCGGGAGAGUAAUAAUGGGAGUAAAGGAAUCUCCCAGUGGCAGGAGAGAGGAGUUAUGCUGUCCCCAGGGGAGGGGUUUGUGGGACGAGUGGCAGAGACUGGACAGACACUAAGGAUCGAGUCGCCUGGAGAGGUGCCCAAAGACGUCGAGACGCUGAUUGGUCUACAAGUUCGGUCCGUGUUGUGUCUGCCAAUCAGGAACAGCGAUGAUGACAUCAUCGGUGUGUGUCAGGUCACCAACAAGGUCUCGGGGUCAAGGUUCACCGAGCACGAUGAAAAGUUGAUAGAAACAUACCUGACCUUCUGUGGGAUAGGAAUCAACAACGCCCAACUUUUUGAUACGUAUAUGAAGGAAUAUGACAGGAACAGGAAACUUCUGGAGGUUGCGCACGACUUGUUUGAGGAGCAAACGUGCCUGGACAAUGUGGUGCAGAAGAUCAUGCAGCGCGCCCAGUCGCUGCUCAAGUGCGAGCGAUGUUCCGUCAUGUUAGUGAAAGACCCAACCGCUGAGACCAUAACCUUCUCCAAAGUCUUUGAUCUACCCUCCACCCUGCACAACGGGCACAGCAACAACCCCGUGUGCUGCACGGGUGACGUCAAGCUCUCCAACGGCAUCAUCGAGCACGUGGCCUCCACGGGUGACACGCUGAACAUCUACGAUGCUCAGAACGACCCUCGGUUUGACAAGGAGCUGGACAAGGCCACAGGAUUCCACACACGGUCCAUACUUUGCAUGCCCGUCAGAGACAACAAGUACCAAAUCAUUGGUGUGGCUCAGAUUCUGAAUCGAACAGAUGGCUUCCCUUUUGACGAAAAUGAUGAACAGCUGUUUGAGGCCUUCACGAUAUUCUGUGGACUAGGAAUCAACAACACAUUGAUGUACAAUGAGGUGGAAAAGGCAAUGGCACGUCAGAAAGUGGCCCUGGAGGUGCUGUCAUACCACGCAUGCAGCACAUCACAAGAGGUUGAUGUCUUAAAGAUUUCCCGGCUGCCGCAGAUCCAAGCCUUGGGAAUGACAAGAUUCGAUUUUGAUGACUUCAAGUUGGACGCUGAUGAGAUGGUCAAAGCGUCGCUCAGAUUAUACAUGGACCUUGGACUGCUGCAGAAAUUCAAGAUUGAUCCCGAGGCGAUGACUCGAUUCCUGUUGACAGUUAGGAAGAACUACCGACCCGUUGCCUAUCACAACUUCAGACAUGCCUUCAACGUGCAGCAAGCGAUGUUUGCUGUACUACAGAAUACAAGUGUUGUUCACUACCUGACUGAGCCAGAACAGCUCUCCUUAUUGGUCGGUUGCUUGUGUCACGACUUGGACCAUCGAGGCACCAACAAUGCUUUCCAGGAAAAGAGUCAGUCACCGUUGUCUCAGUUGUAUGGUUCCAAGGCUACCAUGGAAUAUCAUCACUUCAAUCACACAGUCAUGAUCCUCAGUAGUCAGGGUCACAACAUCUUUGGCAAUAUGCCAGCUGAGCAGUACAGCGAGGUCAUGAAUGUCUUAAAGCAUGCCAUCUUGGCCACAGACUUAGCAUUACACUUCAAGGUGAGAAGUCAGUUCUUCGACUUGGUCCGGGGUGGCAGGCAGAAUUGGCGGACCUCCCAGCACAAGGAAUUGCUCAGAGGAAUGUUGAUGACAGCCUGUGACGUCGCUGCAAGCACCAAGCCAUGGAGGAUACAACACAAGAUCGCAGAGCUGGUGACAAGUGAGUUCUUUGACCAGGGAGACAAGGAGCGCAAUGAACUCAAGAUUGAGCCCACGACAAUGUUUGACAGGAAUCGGAAGGACGAGUUACCGCAAAUGCAACUCGGCUUCAUUGACGGAGUCUGCCUGCCACUCUAUGAGUCACUAGUUAAAGUCUCGCCCAUGUUCACCACUAUGCUCGAGGGCGUCCGCUCCAACCGUAAGCGAUGGAACGAACUCAACGAACAGCGCAAGAGAAAGAAGAGCACGUCAGAGAUCAGUAAACUCAACAUCUGCUGAUUAAAAUAUUCAAGAACAGAAGCAUUUUGUUGUUGGUUCCUGUCAUAUGCACUCAACGAAGGGGAUCUGGACUUACGAAGCAAGAACGCACUGGCCUAACGAAUCUGUGCAUAAGUACCCCCUCAACUGUCAGAAAGGGAGAGUUGGGGAGACCAUUAGGAGGGAGCUUCAAACGCAUGACCAUUGCGCGUGAUCUCACGCAAAGACACCACGGGUUUGUACAGUUUCAGGAUAGAUUUAGUCGUGCGUACUUUGCACCAUUUGUGUGGGAUCGUGCACAUAAGCAGUACAUGUAUUCCCUCCUUCUGAAGCUCUUGAAAGUGAUCACAAAGCCUCAUCUACUGUUGUUGCACAGAGUCCAAUGAUGAACUUUACUUGCUGAUUUUCUGCUAAAAUGGAUUUCUUGUCUCACCAAAGUUUAACCCAUUAUUUCGGCACGUGUGGUCUAGCGGUAGGGCACAGGAUUCAUGAUCGUGAGGUUGUGGGUUUGAACCCCACCGUGGCCAUGCGUGUUGUGCCCUUGAGUAAGGCGCUUUACCUCAAUUACUCCUCUUAA